AUGUCCCAAGCUCUUGAUCUGUCCCUGUUGAAAGGGUCUCCCGCGGAAAGAGAGGCGGUUUCGGCAGCCCUACUAGGAACACUCAAAACGCGCGGAGUGGCCAAGCUCAAAAACCAUGGGCUCCCAGAAAAUCUGAUUGCGAAAAUGUUUGACUAUACCCGUCAAUUCUUCUCUCUCUCACUAGAGGAUAAGAUGACCGCCAAACACCCACCCGAGGCAAACCCCAACCGUGGAUACAGUUAUAUCGGCCAAGAAUCAGUCUCUUCCAUUAGUGGCUAUGAUAAAGGCCUCCCUCAAGGGAAGUCUGUUCGGGAUAUCAAGGAAACCCUCGACAUGGGUUCCUCACACGACAGCCUUGUGGACAACAUCUGGGUAGCUGAUGAGAAACUUCCCGGGUUCCGAAAAUUCAUGGAAGACUUCUAUGAAAGCUGCUUCAACGUCGAAUUAGAGAUCCUCGAUGCGUUGGCUAAGGCCCUCGAUAUUUCGGCAUCAGAUCUCAAACUACUGCACAACAAGGCUGAAAACGAAUUCCGUCUGCUUCAUUAUCCAGCUGUCCCUGCAUCUGCUCUAGAAGAUGGAACUGCCACGCGCAUUGCAGAACAUACCGACUUUGGAACAAUUACCAUGCUGUUUCAAGAUUCCACUGGUGGCUUACAGGUGGAAGACCAGCAAAAUCUGGGGAAGUUCCAUGAUGUCAUCUCAGGGGGAAAGUCCGAGAUCAUUCUGAACAUCGGCGACUCUCUUCAGCGCCUGACCAAUGAUACAUUCAUGGCUGCAUGUCACCGGGUAACCUAUCCGCCCACCGUCAAAAUUGGCUCUGAUGUGAUGAUCCCCGAGCGCUAUUCUGUUGCCUAUUUUGCGAAACCGAACCGUAUCGCUUCCUUGCUUCCCUUAAAGAAGUUUAUCACGCCCGAUACCCCGUGCAAAUAUGAGGACAUUACGGCCUGGGACUACAACAAUCUGCGAAUCGCCAAAUUGUUUUCCUAA